AUGGGGAAACAGAACAGCAAGCUGCGGCCAGAGAUGCUGCAGGACCUCCGGGAGAAUACUGAGUUCUCUGACCAUGAGCUGCAGGAGUGGUACAAGGGCUUCUUGAAGGACUGCCCCAGUGGAACCCUGAAUGUGGAGGAGUUCAAGAAGAUUUAUGCCAAUUUCUUCCCUUACGGUGAUGCCUCCAAGUUCGCUGAGCACGUCUUCCGUACUUUUGACACCAAUGGUGAUGGGACGAUAGACUUCCGGGAGUUCAUCAUUGCCUUGAGCGUGACGUCACGGGGGAAGUUGGAGCAGAAGCUCAAAUGGGCCUUCAGCAUGUACGACCUGGAUGGAAACGGGUACAUCAGCCGCGAGGAGAUGCUGGAGAUUGUACAGGCCAUCUACAAGAUGGUGUCAUCUGUGAUGAAGAUGCCAGAGGAUGAAUCCACGCCAGAGAAGAGGACAGAUAAGAUCUUCAGACAAAUGGACCUCAAUAAUGAUGGCAAAUUAUCCCUGGAGGAGUUUAUCAAAGGUGCCAAAAGCGACCCCUCCAUCGUCCGGCUACUCCAGUGCGACCCCAGCUCGGCCUCCCAGUUCUGA